AUGGCGGCAUCUGAAGUAGUGGAAAUAGCAGGGGAAGAGAAGUACUCGGCUGAAAAAACGCUGAUUUGCUUGCUUCAUGCUUGCAAAGGAUGCAUCACAACCGUAGAACUGCGCGACGAAUCAGCGUUGUAUGGAAGAAUCGCACAUGUCGAUGGAUUUAUGAACAUUAGAAUGCUUGAUGUCACGCUUACAAAAGUUGAUGGACGUGUCCUACAUUUUGAUGAAAUAUUUGUCCAAGGUGAAAAGAUUCGUUUCGUUCAGAUACCAGAUGAAAUAGACAUUAGAAGAGCAAUUUUCCAACAGCUCAAUAUGAUCAGUAGAACGAAAAACCCACCAAUGAAAACUUACAAACGAGGCAGGGGGAGAGGGCGAGGUUUUGGCCGUGGUUUCGGCCGUGGACGAGGAAAAGAAGCCAGUUAA